AUGCGUUGGUUCUUCGCAUUUCUGAUCGCGGUCUUCUGCCUAUCAUCGCGCGGGAUCGACGCGAGUUCGUCUAUCCCGCCCGUGCCGAUAAUUGACUCGGUCUCCCCAAAUAGGGGAGGUCUAGCCGGCGGCACGCUCAUCACAAUCCGUGGCAAGAAUCUCCAGCCGCAGAUGGCGAAUUCUGACGAUUCAGUUGACGACAACCCGUUGGUCAACAAAGUAUUGGUCCUUCUUGGUGGUUCUAUCCUCGGACGGGGCAUUGUCUGUGAUGUGGUUCACUAUCUCUCAUCGAGCACCAAGAUAGUGUGUGAGACCCGGGCAGUGGUUUCCAACCUCGACGGGAGUCCAUUCGCAAAACCCCCCAACACUUGCCAAUAUCGGUCAGAUCGAGUGCAGGUCUUCGUAAGCGGUCAGGGCGGGUUCAUCCGCGACGAUUGGAACAAAGGCUUCUGCAACAGGAACACGAGGUAUUGGUCGAAGCUUGGUCAAAACGACAAAGUUUCGUGUCGUUUCAAACAGACUUUUCAGACAUCGACCCUCAUUCAUGAGGUGUUCCCGCGACAAGUUGGCCCAGGGGAUGAAGUUACGAUUACAGGCGAGCAGCAUUCGAUGUGGUAUUUAAGCUCAGGAUUUUCUCACGCCGUGCAUGCAUUCCAACUUUCAGGUCGCCUAUGCUUUCAUGACGUGUACGCGUUCGAAGAGCAUGGCAUAACUGAUAAGACAGAGCAACUUGAUAUCAUGGCUAACGCGGACGACGAGUUGCGCAACCCUGGUUUGCGUUGGAUCGAUGAGGUCUCUUUUGGCGAGUACGUGUGCAACCCUCGGGAUGCAAAAGGAGACUUUUAUGCCGUGCACUUUCCAGAUAGUGGCAACGUCAAUUGGCAUUGGAGCAACGGUGAUAGCAAUGGAUGCCGCUAUGGCUCGUUCAAAUGCCGGCUUCCGGACGACAUCCCAAAGGGCUACUACAACGUCAGCAUAUCCAACGGCAGGGCGCAAAUGGACACAGUAUAUCCAAUGGGCGGUAGCUCCAAUGGGGCAGGGUAUAUAGGUAAUCCAAACAAUAAUGGCAGGGGACACUCGAUGAUCGCCAAGGAUGGAGACAGCGGUGGUUUCGCUUUCUCCGCGAUGAACGGGAGCUACAGCCUCGCGGUCGUGCCUGUCGUUCACGGAGUCAGCGUGACUGGCGACCGAACUUUGACCGUCAGCGGGGAGUUUCUCUCAGGCGAUAUGUACCUCUCGAUCGGUGACACAGGAUAUGGCGCCCAACCAGUCAAAGCGACGUGCUCCGUUAACACGAACCAAACCGUCCUCGAUUGCGAGCUGGCAUCAUCGGAAAACAGAUCACUGGGUCAGAUUGCUAAUGUAAGCAUUGACAAUGGGUUUCUCUCCGCUCGCAGUGGCAUUAUUCGAGAGCGCUGGGCUUUUGAGACCGCAUCAGAUAACUGGUACACAUAUCCAUGGCAAGAUAACUGGGACUUUCGUCAUGACGCGAAGGCGGUUAUCGCCUCGUUCCGUGCAGCCGCGAAACAAGCCACAGAUGUCGACAUCAUCGCGGAAACGUGGCGUACCGGACCACUCUUCAAGGGAAUUCCCGAUGAUUUCGCGAGGAGAAACGGUGUGUGGUACCAAUCGACGUUUUUCGCUCCGCCAAAGACUGCGAUGUAUCGGUUCCCGAUCAAGUACCAGGCUCAUACAAAUGCCGAAAAACCGAAAACUUAUGUCGACGGCGAGUUCUAUUCUGGCGUUAAUGUAUACCAAGACGCCGCUAGAGGUGCUUUUGCCUGGAAACCGAUGGUGGAAGGGUCCGUUUAUCACCUCGAGAUCCAUGGUCUGAAGCAUGGCAAAGGCAAUGGAGAAUUGGAAGUGGGCAUGGACAUGACCUUCAAUCUUGAAGACGCGCCGCAGCUGAACCCAGGAUCGCAAAACACCUUGAGUCAACUCGUCACGACAGGUAUGGGUCUCGAUGGAGGCUUGACAACUUGGCGAGUCCUUCUUCCAGAUGAUGUGGAGGGAGGUGCUUUUUCAUUGAAACUUGGUGCUGCAGAUAGUAUCAGUUGGAAGAGCAUCUCGCUGGCUGACGAAGAAACUGUUAUGACGGAGACACUUUUGUCUAUGUUUUCAUGGAGUGAAUGUGCUGAGAACUUUGACGGCGGGAUGGAAUCAAAGUUUAAAUGGCACGGAAAGCUUACUCACAAACGACUGUUCAACCCCCCCACAGGUUCCUUUGAGCCUCCAAAGGUGGACAAUUCCUUCGAGACAGAAUUUUCAGAAUGGGAGAAAAAACGAGAGAUGUGGGCCGUACCAGAUUGGCAAGGUUGGAGAAGACUUCUGCUCGUGGAUGGAAUAGCUGAAUGGAAAGGUGGCAUUCGAGACACAACGACUGCCGCCUGCGGAAGGUCGUCUCUCAAGGUUCGUGGAAGUCGAACUACGCCUGGUAAAGGGAUUGGAUCAGCGCCCGUGUGGCACUCCAACCCCAAGCAUCCCGGCAGUUACACAUAUGGGUCAUUUUAUGGAUUGAAUUAUCCAGGAGCCUUUUCGACGGGGCGCUACCUGUCCUUCUACUACAAAAUUCCUCUUGGGACUCAAGCAAAUCUGGUAUUGACAUUCGAUAAAGAGAAUACCAAUGAUGAACGAUGGAAUUUGAUGGAGAACACUGGGAGUCGCUGUUCCAUUCCGAUGACAUGGACAGCGGAGCGGGAAGAGCUUUGGGAUAUCCCGAAAUGCGGCGACUCGGGCCACAACUUCGAGGCGGACGACACUUGGCGCGAGGCAGUCAUCGACAUAAAGUCAAUGUUGGAAAGUGGCGGAUAUCCGACUGAGGUAGAACCUAAGAUUACGUAUCUGGAAUUUGCCUCUCCGAUGCAACCUGUUCUUGACAAGUGUAAAGGUAAUUACGGAAAAGGUUGUGACGAUAAGCCCAAUUCAAUUGAACCAGAUGUCUGUGGCAAUCAAAAUCCUGAGGAAGGGUUGCGAUUUCGGACCGAGAGGACCCUGGAUCUCAUUGGCGACUUCAACAUCGAUGAGAUAAGCUUCUCAAAGUCGCCCCGACAGAUGGUUCGGGUGGAAAACAACGUCCUUAAGCAGUUCCUAACUGAAGGGAAAGACUCAGUGCUAAACCUUCGCGUAAAGAAGUCCGAAGUCCGAUCCGGAAUUCCAAGACAAAUAGACAUCGAAGUUCAGUUUGCGGGAGGUUGCGGAUUGAGCAAAGCGUCCAAUAUUUCCAAACCGGUCGAACUCGUCGCAAACUUUGGGGACCUUGCAGGAAAUAAGAGUGCGAGCAUGGGGAUCCUGGCAACUUCGAGCUCGACGGCUUUGAGAGACGUUGAGGUGAGGCUUAUCGGCCCUUCCACAGGAGGGUCAAACAUCACCGCAACAUUGCCAAUUGCAGGCUCACCCACAGAUUGGAAAAAAGCACUCGAUGCACUGCAUGUCGGUCUGAAUGUCGAGGUCAGGGAGAACACUCGUCAUCAAGAAUCUUGUCAAGUUUCCCGUGUCAUUGAGUGGGGAAGAACCGUGACUCUUCAAAGUGAUAACACCACUGUGGCCGAUGAUCUUGCUUUCGGUAACGCAGCAGUUCCAGGAUCUCAAUGGGACUCUGGGGUAAGCGUCGCCGUCAUAAAUGAAGGCAUCAUCGAAAACGAUGUCAUCUCUGUCAGAGACGGAGGCAUGUUUUUGCCCUCUUCCAUGCCAAGUGUUUCCGUGCGCCACCCAAGCGGAUCAGUUGUGCGUUGCUCUCCCCAUGCGACUGCUGAUGAAAUGUGCGAUUUCGACAUGGCCAGCCUCACGAACCUGACAAGGUCCCAAAGCAAGCGCAGACGACGUGAUUUGCUCGGUGUAGGCUCCAGUGAUUCACCGGAUACCCCACAAUCACCUCGCAGACAUAUUUCCAGUACACGCGGCGGCUUUACAACGAGCAUUGGAGAAAAUUCUCGCAAAUUUCAUCGUGAGAUGCACGGUCCCCCCAAUAUUUUGAAAGAAGCUGACCUCCUCGGCAUGAAAGCAGUCAUGCCUAGGCUGGACAGCCACUCCCCUUGGUCAGGCAGAACACACGAUUACGGUUAUCUUAGGAAGCAAGUGACGCACCAUAAAACCUUGCGUCGUUCGCUUCUUUCGACUUCCACUGAGACCAUGUCGGGGAACUUCUCCGAUCCAGCGACUUGGAACGGCACAUCCCCUAAUUGGACAAAUAUUGACAUACUUUACAUUCCUUCGAAUACUACCGUGGUCCUGGAUGAAAGCGUUUAUAUUCGCUUCUGGGUUAUUGAGGGCACCCUCAUAGUCAGCGAUACGAAGAAUAUUACUAUGGAGGCGCAGGCUGUGAUUGUGCACGGUGAGGAUGGCAAACUUUUAGUCGGGAACGAGUCUGACCCAUUCACACACAAUUUUGAUCUCUUGCUUCACGGAUCUUGGCAAGAUUUGACGUUGCCAAAAUUCGGCAUCAAGACGUUGGCUAUGACGGAUGGAGAAAUCGUUUUACACGGCAAGCCUGUCACGCCAACUUGGAGUCUUCUCAAUCAUACAGCCAAAAGAGGAGAUUCCUCGAUUGUUGUCAAGGAUGUCACCAAUUGGAAGGCGGGAGACAAAAUCGUCAUCGCAGGGGCUUCAAGAAGCGAAGGUAAUUGUAGGAUAAAUCGCGAUGAUCGAUGCCAGUCAGAGGAGAGAUUCAUUACCUCAAUUGUCAACCACGACGGAGAUGGCUUGUGUACUGUCCAUCUCUCAGAACCUUUGAACCAUACUCACCUUGGAAUAACCCACAGCAGUCACGGUCAUUCGAUAGAAAUGCGAGCUGAGGUGAUAAAUUUGUCUCGGAACGUUCGUGUGAGGGGUACAUCUGACAUACCGAGCUUUGGUUCUCACAUCAUGACUCUAUCUGGCAAGCUGAUAUUGAAAUACUUUGAAACAACUUAUGCUGGGCAGGCAUUUCAGCUUGGCCGAUACGCCGUACAUAUUCACACGGUUGGACAGCCAUCCCAGAAAAAGAAUGGCGGAAGUGAUCAGUCAGGCUCUUUCAUCUACGGCAAUGCGAUACAUCAUUCCUUCAAUCGCGCUUUGACUGCACAUGCCUGCCACAACCUUACAGUCACUCGCAACGUCGCGUACAACGUACUUGGGCACCAAUUUUUCAUCGAAGAUGGCGUAGAGACUAGGAACAAGUAUACUGAAAAUGUUGGGCUGAUGGCGCAUCAAUCGUUUUCGUCGCUUAACGUCGAUCAAACACCUGCGAACUUCUGGAUAACGAACCCAAACAAUGACUUUGUCGGCAAUAGAGCUGCUGGUUCUGCUGGAUUUGGUUUUUGGUUUGAUACGUUUACACAUCCGUCAGGUCCAUCUUCGGAUUCAUCGGUUUGGUCGAAGCACGCACCUCUCGGAGCAUUCGAUAACAACACGGCGCACUCGUGUAGCAUGGAUGGGUUCUGGAUCGAUCGGGUGGAUCCACGGGAGAAAGAAAUACCGGAUGGCAAGCGGGUCACUGGAACACUAAUGCGCUGCGAGGCCUGGCUCAAUGGUGCUCUUGGUAUCGGCUUAGUAACUGGAAACGGCCAUCUUCAUGUAAUCGAUGCCAAGGUUGCAUCCAAUGGAGAGGGUGGAAUCGGUUACAUCAAGAACCAGGCAGACCGAUGGUGGAGCAAGAGUGACCCAAAUGCACCAGUCGUCCUUCGGCCUGUCAUAUUCGGCGAUGGUCCAUACGGUGGUGGGGGUAUUGGAUUCGGUGCUCCCUUCGGUGGCUGGACGUCAGUCGUAGAUGCCGUUUUUAUUGGCUUUGGCGAACGAGCACCGAUCGCGGCCUGUCUUCCGAGUGCAUGCAAGCCGUUCAAAGCAGGACACGAGUCUCGAUGGUACAAUACGACAUUCCUAGGGCAAACUGGACCAAAAGUCAUAUGGAGAGAUACGUUUGCAGAUAAUAUUCUGUAUGACGCAGACGGUACCAUUUCUGGAACUUAUCCAAAGAGUUCGUGGAUUCAUAAUACAGCCAAUGGUACUCUCGGAUAUUUCGACCCCGACGCAUGCCGCCUGGAUACUGGCACUGCGGGGAUUGUCUGCGAUCCGGCCAAAGUGAGCCUUCGAGUGUUUAACGUGUAUGACCAUUCAGGCUUGAAUGGACGACGAGGAUUAGGCUUCAUCAUAAAGACAAAGUUCGGGAAGGCUGCGGUGCCAUUUUUCCAUUAUAACCACGCGGAACGACGCUGGAACGUGCAAUUCACCGUGAUGAUGACGAAUAAAACGAAUUCUCUGCCGAUUGUGCAUGAAAUCAAUGUCAACGCUAAAGGAUUCGAUGACCCAGAGCUUCGUGGUUGGUCAGGUUCGUCGCAUUUGCGCGAUGCCCUCAUGGACGAAUGGGCGGUUUUCCGUUUCCCUACCCUCACCUUACCAGAUUCAAUCUCUACGAAGGUGUCGGGCAUUCGCAAGGAGACCUCAGGUGCCUCAGGUUUAGGGUAUUGGACCCCAAGUCUCGUAUCUCAGAACUCAUAUAACAAGACAUCCGUUGAGACGUUCCAGAUGGAACCUUGGGGUGGCUUUACCAGCACCGAUCACGUUGCAGGGGAUUGGGUGUAUUUGCCAAAUCAGACGGAUGCCGACAACAAAGGAAACGGAGGAUAUUUUGACAUGCUCCUCUCUGGUGCCAUCCUCCCGAAAGUGGCAGGUCGAAGGGGUGGAGCAAAUCCGCCCACGCCGCCAUACCGAAACAUGCCGUACAGUCUGGAAUGCGAGUCUGAUCGCGCUGACAUCAGUGGCAUAGUUGCCACUCGUGGUAAAGGAUGUUUUUUCAAACCAGACGAAGGUAUCACGAUGUUACGGAUCCAUUCAUACGGUCCAGUUACGCCCUCGAGGACAAAACCGGAUUUCGCAGACAAAUGCUUUCGAGAGUGCGAUCUACGCGCCGACUGUCGAGGAAUCGUGUCUGAUUCAGCAUGGAGUUCUAGCUCUAGGCCAUGGGAGGAUUGGAAAGCCUGGGAUGGCAGCAGAGAAAUACAUGGACGCAGUUAUUGUCACAUAAUUCUCGGCGAGCUGAAGGGAACAUUUCAAGAGCUGUGGUCACAACAAAUUCCAUGGCCCCAUGGAAGUACAGCACCAAGAGGUCAAUUUCCCUAUCGUCGCAUUUUCCGCCGAAACUCACGGGGGGUAAAGAAGAAUUCCGCAGGUGACUUGAUGUAUGGCCAUGACCCCUCUCUGCCUAUCUGCGAUGAUCGUUUAUGCGAUAAAUCCCCCAAAAUGAAAUAUCCAUUUGGUAGAGCUGAUUGUGAUCCAAAGAUGCCAGAAAGGAACUGUUUAACGCCAGCAAUGAACUGUGUUGGUGGAGAUGUAAAUGCUCCAAAAUUUACCUUGAGUGAAUCAAAAACCUUUUCUUGGUGCGACACGAACGCUGAUGCCGAGUGGACACCUCCCCAAGAUGGAGAUGAUGCAAUCAUCAAACCAGGGUGGACAGUAACGCUCGAUGCUGAUUGUCCGGCGACAGCUAAUUUAAGAUGGCUCGAUAUAUACGGUACUUUGAAGUUUGUUGGCUCUUCGUGGGCGAAACCCAACCUGAAAGUUAGCGCACAAUCAAUCUUGAUAGCGCCAAAAUCUGGUCGUAUGGAGGCUGGAUCAGUGGACAGCCCGUUUACAGAUGGAACGGUCACAAUUGAACUCACCGGGCACCGGAAAGGACUGGCACGUACUGCUACCCAUCUCUCUGAAGGAGCGCUGAGGAAAUACAUGAUGGUGCUGGGUACCCUGAGUUUGCAUGGCACCCCUCGUGUCGCAACUUGGUUGAGACUCGCUGAGGAUGCGCAAGCUGGAGCAAGUACAGUCGUGGUGGACGCCUCCUCGGGCUCGUCGAAAUUUACAGAUGAACCUCCGUCCACUACAAGCAUGACUGAAACAUUUAUGGGUGAACGAGUCGUGAUUUCGAGCUCUUCCCGAAACUGGACAGGGCAUGAGAUUGUCUCCGUAACCGCUGUCGAAAAAGUUUCAUCUGAUGAUGAAAUGGACUCGCGUUAUCGGUUGACUCUCUCCGAGCCUCUAUUAAGAGCACACCUUGGCCCAGGUGAUCGAUAUUCCUUCCGUCGAGGUUUGCCUGGCACCGAGUUGGGUGUACUGGGCGAUAAAUCAACUGUGAGAGUGGUUGGCGCAGAUGUGUACACUUCGAACAAACAAUCUCUUACCGGAUCAUUAGACGUUGAAGAACUCGGAGCUGCAAUACACGUUGUCCGAGCGCGGUUUUCCCGAAGUAUAUCCAAAGUAUCCAAAGAGGCAAGGGCCUGUGCAGCUCAAAAGAUACAGGGACAAGCACUUAUUUCGCACGUCAAAUUCGAAAACUGUGGUCAGCGCAGAACGAGUAGCUGCUUGAAAAUAAGCGGUAAUUACAACAGAGCUGACAUCAAGGUUGAAAAACCCUAUGAUGGUGCAGAGAGCUACGUCCACGAUUCGAUUUUUGUCACAAACUUCGGAUCUGCGAUUGAUUUUGUUGGUAAAGGAAUGACUGUGAAGAAUAACUUUGUUUUCAACACAACUUCGGACGCUGGAGCGAUAACAAUGAGCGGGCAACAUAAUCAGCUUGUGUCCAACAAUAUUGUGUUUGUGAAAGAUGAUGCCAAAGAUUAUUUUCAUGAUACUGGCGCGCAUGGAAUAAAACUUUCUUUCAAAGUCGGCAAAACCGUUUCAAGCUACCCAGAGGCAAAGUUUUUGAAGAACUCCGUGAGCGGCGUACAGUACACUGGCAUUGCAUCGAGUGGCAUCCAUCAUAGCUCGGUAAACGAUCCUGAGAUUCGUCGACGACUCGGCAAUAACAUUAUACACGCUGUAGACUUCCAAGGCGUCAAAAUGAUGACAGGCGCCUAUGUUGGAUAUACUGUGUACAGCGUAGCGGGUUAUGGCAUGCUCACCUAUGGGGGUGGCCAGUCGAUAUUUGCAUCAGGAAAUAGGAUUCAUGAUGUCAACAUAGGCGUCACAGGUUGGAUAACUGCUGGAAGCGCAUUUGCUCAUGUAUGUCGCAGUAACAUUCAUCUUAAGGUGAGCAAUAUGACCUUUACUGCCGACCCGAAUCGGUGUGGUCAGGUGGGCAUAUCUGCAGCAGCAUUUUACGGUUCCACAGAACCCCGUCGCCCCAAUCAGAUUAGCAAUUCACCAUCUCUCUGCGGCGGGACGGUCAUUCACGACACAGAGUUUGCGAACUUCACUAGUUGCAACUUUGCAAUCGAGAACUCGCCCAUGAACGGCAAGGGUCCCAUUUUACUCUUUCAUGACGACACUGCAGAUAUCGAAACGAAGAAUCUCGUGUUUCCUGGUACAGAAGAAGCUAGCAGAGUGAGAAUGUAUGCCUCCCCACUAAGCUCGGCAGGUACAGUGCAGAGCCGAACAUGCGCCCAAAUAGCGUGUGAUGGUAAACGUAACUCUCUUAUCAGAGACCUUGAUGGCACACUUGUCGGGGGGAUCGGUGGCACCGUUGUUGCAAAGAGCAACGAGUUGCGCUGGAACAGCACAUUACGAUAUACAGACGCCCAACGCAAGACUAUGGCAGAUCUCAUUCCAUCUAAUGCAUUUUACCCUAAAGAAGCAGCGGGUUUCUCAAAAGAUGAAGUACCGCUAAGUGCCUCCAGGCUAUACGAUUAUCCAGGAACCUUACGCGAAGGAUGCAUAGAGGUGAAUGGCUGGAACGCAUACAAGUGCGAAGGUGGGAAGCAGCGACGAAUAACGUUUGAAUCUUUGGAUGCAGACGCUAUGUCUCGACGCAUAUUUCCACUCGCCCUCAAUGUGUACUCUAAGCAGGGUCACAGUGCUAUUAAUGACAAUCUCAAUAAUGCGCGGGCAGUAAGUCUUUACACAGGCCCGAUGAUGUAUGGACGCGGAUGGAACAAAAAAGUUCAGCGAUGGACUCAAGGGCAUCUGACAGGAAAUGUCGGAAGCUCUCAUGAUUUAUACCUCAGCGCGACCAAUCCGAAAAAAAUUCGAUUGCGCCUGCGACAUAGUAGACCUGAUGAAGCGGUGCACAUUCGGGUUUACUACGGGAUAUCCAAUCGCGUGGAUGCAUACGUGGAUGGCAAGUUAGUGGAGCCACUUGCCAGUGUGACUUUUGAGUCGAUGCGGAACGGACUUUCUCCUCCAAAUUUGGAUCCCACGAAUAUAUCAUACACCCAUGGAGCAAAUUAUUACAACCGGUUGACAGGAUUCGCAGAGGUAAUUCUUCGUGGUCCUCGAGCAGUCGAUCUGGUCAUCAGUGAAGUCAUCGAACUCAAGAUCGGCCUCGCCGUAACUGAAGAGGAGUUCUUCGAUAAGACUGGAACCGACGGUCUCGUCAGAAAUAUCGCCCUGCUCAUGGGCAUUCCAGCAUCCAGAAUAAUGAUUGUCGGCGUUGGAAGUGCGCAAGGCAAUAUUGACAGUAGGCGCCGGCUCCAAGAAAAUCAAGGCAUCGAGCUGCAGAUCGCGAUUGACCCUGAGGUGAUCGAUACGGUGACAGUCCCUCCCGGUGAGGUUGACGACGACGAGGUCGACGAUGACUCGACAGUUGUCGAGAGUUAUGAAGAUGAAGAUGCUGUUACAGCCGAUGCUGGGAUGUCUGCAUCUCAGGAUGCUGAGACUGAGACUAUGUCAGCGGAAAUUCUUGAAAGUAACAUGCUUGCAUCUACUCAACAACAGACAGAGCUAGCUAACUUAACUUCGACGCUCAGCACAAUAAGCGCUUUUGAUAUUCUGAAUGGUACCAUCGCCAGCGAGAAUAUUGCAAACAUGACGCUUAUAAAUUCGGCUGAGUCGACCAUUCCUAUCCAUUGGGAGUGUGAAGCUUCAAAGUACAACUCAACCGAUGGAUGCGAUUGUGACUGCGGCGCUUGGGAUCCUGAUUGCGGUGAAGAGGUCCCGAAGUUCUCUGGAACCUUCUCAGAUCAAUGCAUCGCGCCUGAUGACCUGCAUAAUAUGACUGCAAUAGCUGAGCACUGUGCUGAAUUCGGCACGUGUGACUUUAUUUUCACAGACGGGACAGGUCUCGAUGAUGAAAAUCCAUCCGCGCAGAGACACACAAUUUUGGAGGACUUGCUGGAUUCUCACGUGAUAAAGACGUCGUGUCGUCAUAUGCCGCACAGCGGAGAUUUCGGAAAGCUAAACUUAACAGAAGGGAGGUGCACGGUAUAUGCUGAACCAAAAACUUUCAACAUGCGGGUCAAUGCCCCGCCAGGGACACAAGCAGGCGUUUCGAGUGCUGUGAUGGUGACUGAUUCCCUGAUAUCUGCCGACACCGAAACUGGAAGGCCCAGGGUCGAUUCCGUGGAACCGAAUGUUGGAUCGCUCUUAGGUGGCACCCUACUUACUAUAAGGGGCGCUAACCUGAUGCCCUCUCAGCCGCCUGGCAAGGCUGUGAACAUUUCCGAACCGCUCUCACCUCUCGUGAGUGUCAACAUCGGGCAACGAGACGGACCAAGGUGUGCAGUCGAUCCCUUACUAAGCAGUGCCACAGCCCUCAUUUGUCUCGUGCCGCCAGCGGCAUCUGCCGCACACGCACGGAUGAUCAGACGAGGUACUGUGGUGAACCAAGGGACGUGUGGUACCGCCUCAGACGAAGUAUAUGUGAAGAUUCUCAAUGAAGGGGGCGCUGUUAGCGACCCGACUUGGAACAACGGCCUAUGCGCAAAAACCGAACAUGCAAAUACGUGCACAUUUAGGCAGACGCUCGGCACCACGUCAAGGCUCAGGGAUGUGACCCCUAUGCGAGCUGCGCCCGGUGAAACAGUAGUUGUUCGAGGAAAGACGUGCUUUGCAGAUACAGUCAAUUUGUCAGAUGCUGAUGUGGAUGGGUCAAUCACAGCUGUUUUCGACCCGAACACCUACGUUCUGCACGAUCCGGUGCGUUUACCAGGCCUGGCUCGCGUGACCAGAGCCGUCCUCGGCGAAUUCAUAGAUUGUCAGCUCCGCGAAACAAACUUGGAUGCUGGCAACACACUCGUCGAUCGCGUGCGCGGCACAUCCCGUCAUUUGCGCGCUGCUGGAGGUCUAUAUCCUAAUGGUGUGCUCGUCGAGCAUGAGGUGAAGUGCAACGAAUUCAACGUCAACGAUUGCGACUGCGCGGACGCGUGGUUCGAAUGUCGAAUCCCGAAGGACAUACCUGCGGGCGCCUAUCCGAUGGAUCUUGUGCUUGGAAGCGGACAGUCGCAAGCCAUCGCGGGUUCCGGACGCGCCCUGUUCGAGCCUUUUGGCGGUGUCGAGUGGUCUCCGGAGCUCGGGACGGCGUAUGCGCUGGAAAUUGCCCCGACGAUGACCAGCAUCGCUGUGGCGGACGGAUCCCCAGGGACCUUGGUGAUUUCUGGUCACUUCCUGGAUCAAGUCCGGGACGUUACACUUGGCGAGCGAGUCGACGGAUCCCUCGGUACCGACUGCGUCGUUGAUCCCGGAAGGUCAAACGAUACCACCCUUGUCUGCGACGCAGGUAAACAAAUUGCCGAACUUGCUGCCCCUGAAAACAGUGUCAAAAACCCUGACGAGUUGGCCACCUGGUCAAUGGGUGCCUCCUCUGUGAUGUCUGGCUCUCACGCGCCCUACAUGGGCAGCGGCGGCAUCAAGGUGCAAGCGUUAACUCUAGCUUCCCCGGUGGCCUCCCUGCAAAAUCUCGACGCUGUUUACGACGCUGUUUCUGAGGCGGGCGCUUCAUCGACGCUGGCUGAAUCUAUAUCCCGCAAUACUUCGAAUGAUCGCGUCGAACGAUUCGUGGGCGCGUUCAUCCCACCACCAUCGGGUGGUGUGCAUCGCUUUCUUUUCUCUGGAAUCUCCGGGGUGUCUGACGUGCGGCUCAGCCUGGCUGGCAAUGAUGUGACUGUCACCGCAGUGAGCGAGAUUGGCGCGGACUUGUUUGCCUCCGAAAGCAUCCGGGCAACGCCGGGUUCGCCGAUCCCCUUCGUUGCCCACGCUAAAUCGACCAUUUCCGAAAGCAGCCGCAUAGACGUUGGUCUAGAGACGACUUGGACCUUCGCUCAGCUUUUGUCAGCUCGCUCUGGUAGUGAUGGACAGCUCAGCGUCGCGGAUGGGAGCGCUGCUGAACCGACAAGGCAUCUAUUCUCGUUUUCUCACAACGACAAUGCGAGGGAAAGGUUUACCUUUACACUACCGACGUCGCCUGGAGGAACGUUCAAGCUUGAGGCAAUGGACCAGCGUAAGACCCGAGCAAUUCCCCAAGACGCGUCUGUCGCAGAAAUCAAGGAUGCCAUAGAGGAUCUCUUUGCUUGGGCGACGUGCACGCCCGAUGGUCGCACAAUGGAUGCAUUCGAACCCGACGGUGGCGGCGCGCUCGCACUUGCAGCGUCGGAAGGCGCUCCUGGUUGGCGUGGCGCCGCUAUUGUGGAUCCGACAACGGCGAUGUGCGGGCGCGGGUCCCUGCGUGUUGACGGUGUCGCGACAAUGUCGAGCCGAGGGGCAGUUCCAAGACGGAAGUUUCCAUCUCCGAUGAGCACAUCUGGCUCCGGCCGGUAUUUAUCCUUUGGAUACAAGAUCCCUGCUGACGCGCGCGCUCACGUCCUCCUCCACUUCGCCUCCGCAGUCGUCGGCAGCUCAAAUAAAUGUUCAAUUCCGUUGAAUUGGGACAUUGUGGACGAAGACGCAUGGCACGUUCCUACGUGCUUGGGCCUACUCCCUCCUUCAGUUUUCGCAGACAAUACCUGGCGAUUCCUCGAGGUGGACCUCUCAAGCAUUAAAAAUGUCGGCACCACGACCGCCGCAAAACUUGUCUCGAUGUCGUUUGAGGCUCCCGUGAAUCCAAUGUUUGACGCGGAGACGUGCCCAAGCGCGAUGGAGCUCUCCGCUGCUGGCAGCGAAAACAGGAUGUUGCAUGGCAUAUUCUGGAUCGAUGAAGUCAGCAUCGGAGACACUCCUCGAAACCUGGUCCGAACACCAUCGAAGGUGCACGGUCUCGUCGAAGGGCAAAGUGCUUUGAUAAAUCUUGCGGUAGAGCGCUCAGCAGGAGGAGACGACGUGACUAUUCAGCUUCAGCGGGUGGGCGGAUGUGGCGGAUCAGGCGCGAACUAUUCUGACUGGAAAGGAAUUUUCUCCGGCUUGUCUAGCACGACACCUAUGGGCCUAUACAUAGACAAAACCGAUCUCGCCGGCGGGAACAGUGGCAAGGAGAUUGUAUACGGAAGCAACAUCCUCAGCACGGAAUUCUACCCCGACUUCAAAGUAAAACUGGCCGGUCCUUCCUUCAACGUCUCGGGUGUUGAAUCCGCAUCAAUGAAUCCACUCGACACGUUUGCAGAUAUUAAAGCAAAGCUAGACGCCCUGCACACUGGACUCGAUGUCGCCGUGUCCGCGCAAAACGUCGAGGAUAUCCCGACUGGUGAAGUAUUUUGCUCAGCGCGACGAUUCAUGAUUAAUUGGCGGGCGCCUCUCGCUUUGAAGGCCGGGUUAAUGCCAGCAACGGACGCCGUCACAGACGGUGUUUCGAUUGUGGAGAGCGAAGGUGCAAUUUCAUGGAAUGUCAUCACAAAGAUGAUUGAAUUGCACGGAGUUCCCGGCGUGAUCACCAGACGAAUCCAUGACGCGUCAAGACUCUUUUCAGCACCUGCGGCUCACCCAAAAGUCAACGCUCGCGAUGCGUCUGGUCGCUUUCUCCGUUGCGCCGGCCCCGCUUCGGCCUCGUGUACGACGAACCUGACGGAGAUCGUCGCGGCGCCCAAGGUGAAUUUGCCGGCAGGCCGCCGCCGCAGCCUGCUCGCCUCCGCCGACACUAGAUUCCCCUCAAAGCCGGCAACUUCGUGGACUAAUUUGGAAGCCUCCAACCUCCUUGACCUGAAUUCGCUUCGCGUGGCAACACCUGGCAGCAAUACACUUGCGCAAGGUCGGAAGUUGCUCGGUCUUCAGCCGGGCGACGGCCUCGUGCACCGAUGGAGCGACAUCACCGUCUGGACUGAUGGUGUCUACCCUUCCCCGGCGACGACAGAUGUCGUGUAUGUCCCCCCGGGCACAACCCUUGCGGUGGACGUCGCACGAGCGGAUGUUCGGUUCUGGAUCGUGGACGGUACACUCACCGUACCCCCGGAUGCCCCUGACGAGGUCGUCAUUGCGGCGGAAUCAAUUAUGGUGAACGGGGGAAAGCUGCGUGUCGGGGGAGAAUUCGCAACGCAUCCAAAGAAAAAGACCGUGACGUUUGAGCUGCGCGGUGAACGUGGCAGUGUUUCCAUCGCCGGUGCGGGACCCCGAUCGAUAGUUGCCAUUGAUGGCGAGGUUUUACUCCGGGGUCAUGCCGCUGCGACUGAGUGGUCCACGCUAGCGAACGUCGCUGCGGUUGGUGAUGAGCAUGUCGAUGUCCUCACUGCAUCUCUUGAUGGAUGGGACGUCGGUGACGAGAUCAUAAUUUCUGGCACAACCUUUGGUGGCGAUGCUUCAACGCACGAGACCAGGUACAUAUCAAGCAUCCACGAGAAUCAUGGAGAGUGUUCGCAGUUCUCCGUCGUUCCGUGUCAGAGCUACGCGCGCGUCAAUUUCACUGAUGCAGAUGGCAAACCGGCACCAUUAAAUUUCACGCACGUUUCAAAAACGCACACAAGUCAGUCGAAACAGAUCGAUGCUCGAGCCGUUGUCGCGAGACUGACCCGUAAUGUCCGAGUUGUGGGCGUCGAAUCGACCAGCAAUAGAUUCGGCGCCGCCGUGGCCAUCCAGCGCGGGUCCGCGCGCAUUUCCGGAGUUGAGUUUACACGUGCGGGUCAGUCGUCUGCAGCCGGUAAUCCAUCAAUCGGACCGAGGCACCCAAUUUCUCUAUUCGGCGACUCCAUCGACCCUACAAGUUACAUCAAGGGAUGCUCGGUACACAGGGCUUGGAAUCGCGGCAUUGUUGUUUUGUCAUCCGCCGCAGUAUCCAUCUCUGACAACGUCAUCUUCGACACGCAUGGCCACUCGUACCACGUAGCAACAUCCCCUGGAUCAUUAAUUCCGCCUGCAUCAAACAUACUCCGCAACGUUGGGAUCUUCACUCAAGCACAUGGAUCGGGCCUUCCUUCCGAUUCAACCCCUGCAGUGUUCAGGCUGAACCCCGGUACUGGAAUCGUGAGCGGUAACCGCGCGUGCGGUUCGGAGAGUCAUGGAUUUUGGAUCGGCUUUGACGUGUUGGACGUAGGAGCUGGUGACCCAAAGUUUACUUCCGCCGUGGCGCCUGGCGCAUUUGACAAUAACGAGGCCGAUACAUCCGCAGGUGCCGGAUUUUUCGUGUCUCAGUUGGAUCCCCGUGCCGAUGGCGAUAUACCAGGUGCAAGAAUCGCGACAACAUUGGCAAGCUGCAUCGCCUGGGGUAACGCCGAGGGUGGGGUGAUGGUUGGCUCGGACGUUGGUCACCUCCAGAUUAUUCACAGUAAGUUUCUUGCGAACGGACGCGCGCACGUCAACUACUUGUCCCCACCGCAUGCUGACCGCUGGUGGUCAGCUUCAAACCCGAAUGCGCCGGUGAUCAAUGGUUGUCUCUUCUUCGGCGACGGUUUCGAUGCCUUGAAUCUGAAAGGAACACCCACAGGUGUGGACAAUCGCGCAAACAUGUGCUCUGGGGGCAACGGCGUGAACGGCUUUGCCGGUGCGUGCGCAAUUGCGGGACCCGCAGGCGGGUGGGUCACAGUAAAUGAUGCAAUGUUUCUGUCGUAUUCCGUGCCUCCAAUUCGAUCCUGUGGUGAGGGCUGCGCAAAUUCCGGCGAUGGUGGAUACGAAAUUCGAUUCCGCGGCGCAGAUUUCACUGAUUCGUCUGACGUACGGGUUUACUUCACCACGAACGGCCUGAAAGACAACAUCGUUUUCGACGCGGACGGGACCCUGUGCGACGUGGAUUCACUGAACAUUCUACAUUCUCUGUCUGGGGUGCCAGCUUGGAUCGUUCCAUUCCGUUCCAGCAACAGUCUGUCGCCUGAUGUCUCCCAGCUUUUGUCGCUUGACGAUGCAUAUGACUCGGUAAAUAUCCCAAUCGAUAUGCCGGAUCCGAUAAACUGCGUGAUUGACACUGGCACUACUGGCGGCAUCGUGUGCGAUGGCACCAAAGUUAUCCUUCGCACGCUUGCGCUGUCGUCCGUCGUCCUCAGGGCAGGACAACACGGAAUUGAGGACGAACCAUCCGCAGGUAUUGCAAAGAUCCACGGUACCAACGUCAUUGGCGAAGGCCACGCGUGGGUAUCAGCUGCACACGCGCGCUACGACGCGGUGGGUCGAUCGAAUGUCUGGCGCUUCAUUCUCAAUGUCGCGCGCCAGGCGGACUCUGCAACACUACGACGCGUGUCACUUUCGUUUCUUCCGAUGAAUUUUCCAGCUGCAGGGACCGUCGCAACUGCAACAAGCAAUGUGAUUGAGUGGAUUGGCGAGAUGCGGGAGAUGCGCGAAAUUGACGGGAUCGAACUACGCAUGCCCCUGCGAUAUUCAAGUGAUGCUGCAGAGGUGGUACCCAAGGGAAUCGGCACACGUUCGUACUCAUCCGGCGUCGCUCAAUUUGAAAGCGUGAAUGCUUCUGUCGACGCAGGGGCUUGGUUCAUUGAGCGACACGACGAUUUCUUGUACAACUCGACAGGUAUAUAUAAUUCAACGGAUAACUCAACGACGACCAUCGAUGAUGGCACGAUUGUAGCCACGAUUGGCAUGGCGUUGUCCGGAAAAGUGGGAUCAACCACUGGACCGUUUGAAGGGCCGCUGAUGUGCCAGGAUUUUGCUGGCAAUGCGACGGCCGCAUGCCGCGUGAAACCCAUGGCGCGUAUUUACGGCUCUGACAUGGAUAUUCCCGGUGUAAACAGCCUCGAGGGGUGCCUUGAGUCGUGUCGUGUGCGAUCAUUUGCAACUGUUUCUGAGGGACUUUUAGACUGCGUCGGCGUCGAAUGGUUUGGAGGCGAAGGCAGGUGCGUCAUUCUGGUAGAUGUCGGCGGUGCCAGGUCAUUUGGUGGCGGCGCGGUCAGGGCAACGAGUGGCGAGACAUUCGUCGAGCACUUCACCGGAGCUGUGGUUUAUCGACGCCGCAUCCCAGCAGCGCAGAAUACCAAUUCUGCAGGCGAGAUCAUGGCGGGCAUCUCUGACAGUUUACCUAUCUGCGAACAAAGUAUGGAUGCAUCGUGCGAGACUGGAGCGAGGCAGCAUUACGCGUUCAAGUCGAUGUGGGCGUUCAACUCCCCUCCUCCUCCGGCUCCGGUCUCCCCUCCUCCUCCUCCUCCGGCUCCGGUCUCCCCUCCUCCUCCGGCUCCGGUGCCCCCAAGACCAGCUGGUCCGUCGCAUCCCCCUCCGCCCCCCGUGGAAAAACUUCCGCCCCCUUCGCCCGACGUGGAAGAACUUAGGGAAAAGGCAGAGGCUUCCCGCGACGCCCUCAUAAACACGAUUAUGGAUCCCAAGGCCAAGAAAAAGGCGGGGAUCCUCGCUGAUGCCGCUCUUACUGGUGUCAUGGUGACCAAGAUCGAGGUGCUUGCCACUGCAGAGAACGGAGAUUUGGCCUGCAAUUUCGUCCUCCAGAGCUCGGGUAUUGACGCCAGGCUUGCGGUGUGUGAAGCGGCAAUGGCGACCUCUGUCUCACGGCGUCUCCUAUCGGUCCCAAAUUUCAUUUUCGAUAUCGAUCUGAUCACGAGUGUGGCGUCUGUCACUCGCGAGGAUAUCGAAACUGCAAUCGUCAAGCUGACAUCCUCAGGUUUGUCGCCGACUAUGUCAGAGUUGGAUCCUGUCGCCGAAUUAAAGUCGCUGCCUGGCGUCGACGAUGCUGCGGUGUCCCAAUUCGCCAAGGACGCUUACGACCUAAACCUGGUGUCUGGGACAGACGGCAGUGAUGGGUCGGCGGAGGUCAAUAUCAAUAUCAACGAAGGUGGGGGCAACGGGGACGACCCUGACGUGCUCAUCACCACCGUGGUUGGCGUCGGCGUCGCCGCGCUGGUAUGUUUCGGUGGAAUGUGUGCGUGCUAUGCGCGGCAUCGAACAAAUGCGAGAUUCCUCAUGGACCUCGACACCGUGAAGGAGUUGCUACCGAACAGUAUGCAGGACAAGUUGCUGACCGGGGAGCGUUCGUCUUCCCUUGGGUCGAGAAAGUCUUUCAGAAGCGAAUCGCUGAAACUAGUCGGGAUAAGUUCAGGCGCUCAGGAUCGUGCCCGCGACACGAUCAACGCCACCGCCGACUACCUGGACUCGCUCGAGAUGGAAGUGAGGCAACUGCGAUCUUUGUCCAUGCAAUACGGGUUCGAAGCAACCCGGUCCCAGCUGCAGAAAACGGGAGGCAACUCCACGACUGGAGUUGCGGGAGAGCCAUCAUUGCCUCGUGAAAACGAUGGUGUACAUACAAAGCAGAUAAGGAUAACUUUCGCCGAUGGAGAUGUGAUGGAUGUCCCUAACCCGAACGGCGCGGGCACCCCUUCUCGCUCCCUUUUCAAUGCCUUUGGUGCUUUUGGCCGAUGA